AUGGACGAGGCCCGCAACCGUACGCCUUCACCCGUCUCACCACUCAAGGCCUCCGAUCAACCUCCCGAGUCUCCAACUACAGCCCGAGAAUUGGAUUUUGACAGUGAUCAAGAGACCGGUACUACAUCUAAUCCCGCAAUAGCAAAGAUGGACCCUACCCCUCGACCUCCUCCCAAAGACGAUGCUCCUCCUCUAAAGUCCCCAAGACCAAUCGACCCCCGUGAGCAAGCUGAGAACACGUUGAGAGAAGCAUUUCCCUCCAUUGACAUCAACGUCAUCAAGGCUGUCCUGACCGCAAGUGGUGGCAACGUUGAACCAGCUUUCAAUGCAUUGUUGGGCAUGAGCGAUCCAGAUUCCCAACGAGAACCAGAACCCCCAGCCAAACCUCCUAGACCAACUCAGCAACAACCUCCUACAUCCACGAAAUUGAGCCAGUUGGAAGCGGACGAAUUAUAUGCGAGACAGCUUGCCGAGCAUUAUGGUGGGUCGGAGACACAGCACCGAAGGGGUUCUGGAGGAAGGUUCAAUGAACAUCUUCAAGGGUCAAGAGUUGGCCGACCUGGUGCCAACCCCAACCCCGAUGAAGUUCCAUGGCGGAGUUUCGUAGAUGAUGACCUUCCCGAGAUCCGCGACAACAUUCGCAAGGGUUUCCAAGAGACGCAAAAGACUGUGAACAGUUGGAUAAGCGCCUUCAAGAAAAGUUUCGACGGCGAAGAUGAGGAUGACCCAGACUAUCGCCCGCCACAACCGCCUCGUCCUGGCCAACAAGUACAAGGAGGAGGAAAUUAUCCGGCCUCAGGCGGCUACCCUAAUCGUCGCAGUGCCGAUGUGCGACGGUCUGCAGAUAUGCAGCGUUACGACGCCGACCCUCAACUCAUCAGCGACGAUUUCUCGAGGCUCGAACUUCGCGAUGGAGAAGCCCCACCACGCACAUCCAGCCGCCCACUGGCAAAUCCCAACCUUUUCCGCUCAGGCGCUGCUGACCCCGACCGCCGGCCCUCCCCGGGGGGGAACCGCAAGGUAUCGUUUCAAGACGGCCCUCCAGAGGAGAUUCAGGACAUGUACUCAUCGGCCAAUACGAAGCCCUCUCCCGCCACGACGGCGACGGCACCGUCGUCGGGAGGAAAAGCUAGCAAAUGGCAGCCUCUCUCCACUGUGGAUCCUAGCCCCGUGGCAGACAACGACCCAUUUAGCCUUGGUGACAGUGACGAGGAGAAAGAUGCCAAGCCUAUCACACUCAAGGAGGAUGAUGCCCCUGCCCCUGCCGGCACAAGCACUACUGAAGAGGGUAACAAGAAGGCCACAACUGAUGAAGACGAAAGAGUCAAGAAAGCCACUGACGAGGCGAUUAAGGAGAGUAUAGCUAGUGAGGCUAAGUGA